GCUGAAAUAACGAAUUCUGCACCGUUUCUGACUGUAUUCCUCAAUUCGACGUAGACUUUAACAAAAUGUGAGACAACGUACGGCGACUACCAAGCGGUAGCACUCGUUGUGGCGCCUCGGGUGAACGCUUUUCUAGGUUGCGUUGUGCAUGCGCUGCGAUGCUGUCGCUGACGACUGUCUCUCAAGUUUCUUCACGUCUACACGUUUUUCCCCGUAUAAAAAAAUUUUCUGCAGGAUCGUCCAAGACCAACACGCAGUUAAAACCCGUCUCCCUCCUGUUUCUCCCCUUCUUCUUGCCCCACCGUCUGUGCGCAAAGGGCGUCGUCGCACGCGGCAGGAUCUGGGGCUAGGCCAGCGAGUUUUACCGUUUUUCCUCUCUCUCCUGGUUUCCCGUUUUUUCUGCCGGAUUCGCCUCUCAGUCUAACCAUGACGACACCCAGCACGUCAGCGUCCUCGCCUACCCCGGCAACAGGCGCCUCGAGCAGCCAGUCCGGCUCUCAGUCAGACAAACCAGCCUCUUCAUCCCCAACUUCCGGCAAUUCUCCUCCCACUUCUUGCUCCACAUCAAGCGCGACUCCGCCUCCGAGUCUUUCAGCCACGUCGACGAUCGCGAGGAAACGUUUGGCUCAAGAACGCGCCGCCUGGCGACGGGACCACCCUCCCGGGUUUUCAGCCAAGUACGCGCCGAUGGCAGAUGGUCAAGGCGGCCAAGAUAUCAUGAAGUGGCAGUGCAAAAUCCCAGGGAAGAAGGGGAGCAUCUGGGAAGGGGGAGAGUACAAGUUGACCAUGGAUUUCAGUGAGGAGUACCCCAGCAAACCGCCGAAGUGCAAGUUCAACCCCGUGCUCUUCCACCCGAACGUUUACCCCUCGGGCACUGUCUGUCUUUCUAUUUUGAGUGAAGACGAAGACUGGAAGCCUUCUAUCACAAUCAAACAGAUUCUGCUUGGAAUUCAAGAUCUCCUAGACAACCCAAAUCCGAAUUCCCCGGCCCAGGCAGAGCCGUACAUGCUGUUCUGUCAAAAUCGCGAGGAGUACAUCCGGCGGGUCAAACAACAGGCCCUCAGCAUGCGCCCCAGAGACUGACGGAAAAGAAAGCCCGAAUGGGGUGGGAAUACGGGAACCCGCUCAUCAGUCGGGACCCAUGCACUCAGAUGUCAAACAGUGGGGUCUGUUCGAUACUCCACAUUGAGGGAGCAGAACGACAGUAGGAGAGUGGUAGAGCAGAGAAAAAGAGAUUUUUGCCUCUGAAAGGUAGAGGGACAACAGACAGGGAGGAUGCAGUAUCAGCCGAAGCCUACGACUAGCCAGCUCGGGCAAGGAAAUGCUUUGCCGGUGUCUCGGAGAAAGGUGAAUAGCAUAUUUUGAGAGAGAGACCGAGGAAGAGAAGAUAACGAUAAAAAGCGAGUGGGGCCGCGCUUUGAAGCAAAGUGGGAAAUCAUAGGGUUGCUAUUUGCUGUCAACCGUGAAAACUUCACAAAACUUGGUUUGUGUCGACUGCGGAGGUGGAUUUGUGUCCCCGGCCAGUCUGCCGUGGCUUGAUUCGUGUCCAGAAAGAGCCGUUCGCACAAGCGCACAUCAUUAUGUGAUACGUUUAUUUUCUUGUAGUAAAGCUUCACUUCACUCGAAUACAUAUAUUAAUGUACCUUGUUUUUACCAUUGAUGUAUACCUACCUGCGCAUCAAGGCAGCCGCUUGCUGAUGUACGUUCCCGUCUGCCCAUUCACGUUCUCCCCACGUAUGGCGGUGUCAACGACUUUCGCGUUGUGUAUGUCUCUCUUGAUGCUUGUCUCUUCGAUUGCUGGUUUCUGCAUGGCAUUUCAUGAUUGUUCUUCCGACUCACAAACAGCUGUCUCGUAGUAUCAUCAAGACAAGACACUGGAUCGACGGGACCGCUGGAGUGCCCCGCUGCGCGACGGCGGUGCUUCGUUUAGCGAAGUGCGGGUUUCAGGCACAAGGAAACCACGGAACGAGUGUCUGUGGUAGAACAGCUAAACGGAUUCCGCAUUGCUCAGUUGCUGUCAGGAUAAAGAGUAUCUUCUGUGCGAAAUAUACGCAUCAGAGCAUGUGCGAAACGCCCUGAGAUGUUGUGGACACUGUAAGCUCCGCAAGAGCCGGCGCUAUUUUUUCUACCGUUGCUCUGUUUCGGGACUCUCUGCUCUUUCUGUGGUCUCUCCCCUCUCGCUGAUGCCUGCCCCCUAGUACAGCCACGCAUGCAUCCAGUUCUGUGCACACAGCAACCCAGUUUUCCUCGUAAUAACUCAUCGCACGCGGAACUCGACCCCAUCUUUCGAUGCGAAAGAGAAAUAACAGAACAGAGACUGUUGCAUCUGGCUUUUACUGGUUGCUAAG